CUGACCCGAGAACCGCCCCCCCUCCUUCCCCCGGCGGCGCCGCGGGGCAUGCCGGGAAGCGCGGUCCUUCCGCCGCCGCGCGGGGGCUGCCGGGGAGCGGUGCGGUUCUAUGGCGGAGCCGGCGCCUCCCGGAGGGCCGCAGCCCCGCGCCCGGCGCCUGGCGGCGCUGCUGAACCGCAGCCUGCGGGUGCGCAUGUCGGACGGGCGCACGCUGGUGGGAGCCUUCCUCUGCACGGACCGCGACGCCAACAUCAUCCUCGGCUCCGCGCAGGAGUUCCUCAAGGCUGCGGAUGCGUUCCCGGGCAGCGAGCCGCGUGUGCUGGGCCUGGCCAUGGUGCCUGGGCACCACAUCGUGUCCAUCGAGGUGGAGCGCGACGCCGCCGCCGCCCUGUGCUCCUGACGGCCCCACCGUGGGACGGAGCCCUGAGUGUUGUGAACCUCUCAUGUGCCCCAACGGGUGAUGGACGCCUGCCAUGCAAAAUGACCGCCGGGACUGCGGUCCCUGCAGCCCCAGUAGAGCUCCCGUGGUGAUCACGUGUCAGCACGUGAUGCCGUCAUUCCAGUCCCCUGCAAAGCAGGACGCAGAUGCCCCUUCCUCCUCCAAACACUCCGUUUUCAGCCUGAAA